CUCCAGCCAGGCCCAACAUGCCCUCAAAGGUGUAAAAUACACGAACUUUGAAUAUUGCGUAUGAACUCUGUUUGCCCCUGGAAAAAAAACCUGACCAAUGGCAGAGCUCGUUUGAGCGUGGCGUCACGUUUCUUUUGUAAACAACAACAAAUGCAAUUUUUUCAAUAAGUGUGGCGUCCGCUUCUUCGAAGACGAAGAAAAAUCAUCAAAACAGGCAGUUUGACACCUUGUGAGGAUGACAAUAGACAAGGGGCGUGGCCCUCCCUCACCCCCUCUGCAUGUUCACAUUGAUGAGGUUACACCGGUCCAUGUUCAUAUUAAGAAAGGAGCGCUGAAGAAAUCAGCAACUGCCAGGGCUGUUGAGGAAAAGUUAAAAGACACAAAGGCUCGCACCAAUCGCAGUUUUGGACUCGGUAACCUCCGACCCACCUCUUCUUCAAGGGAACCGUGGGUCCCAGCCCCUGGAAAGUCGACCAAAGGGAAAAAAUUCUCAUGGCAGGGAGCAAAUCACAUGCUGGACAUUAACCCCCCAGAGCGAGACACAGUACACGCCACUAUGAGAAUGGAAGAUCUCGAUGAGGAUUAUAACGACAAUAAAUUCAGUAAUUAUGAGAAGAAGAUCGACAGUCUCAUGUCUGAGGUGGGAUCUUUGAAGACUGAGAGGGAGCUCCAGCGCAAUAAACGUGAAGCAGAAAAAGCUAAAGAAGACCUCGGUAUUUCCAGACGGCUUCUUGAGAACCAGGAAGAAGAGAUACUGGACUACCGGGAGGAGUUGCAGAUGACAGAACGAGAGAAUGAGCAUCUUAGACGCUCAGUGGAUAAACUCAAGUAUGAUACGGACUUCUCAAGGUCUGAGAGAGUAGUGGUUAGCACAGAGCGAGAACGCCUGCUAAAGAAGCUUGUUGAGGUGGAGUUAGACGCAGAGGCAGCUUCCAAACAGGUCACACAACUCAGGGAUGCUGUAUACAAACUGAGAGAGGAGAAGCGGAUGUCAUCUCAUGACAGCAAGAUCCUCGGGAAGCAGCGAGAGUUGCUUUUACAGAAACUGGAGGAUUUUGAGCGGACUAACUCAACACUGAGACAAAUGUUACGGGACCAGCACAAAUCAGAGGCAAAACGUGACCAGACGCAAGAACAGCGUGACGUACUUCUACGUAAGCUCACCCAAUCGGACGCGGACAAUCAACGCUUCCGUAUGCUCACCCUGGAGAAAGAACAAGAAAUUCAAAUGUUAAAGGAUUCACUAGUGUCAGAGAGGGAGCAACUGCAAUCCAUGACCGACCUCCAGACCUCCGUUUCCGCCACACGAGGGCAUCUCCAAAACCAGCUGCGCAAACGGGAGGGAGAUUGCAACCGAAUGGCCGUGCAGCUGCGCAAGAUGGAGAACCAGCUAGAGCAGCAGCAGAUUGACGUUGAUCACACGCAGGGAUUGUUGGGUGCAGCGAAGGAGAAGGCGGCAUCGGAUAAAGAGGCACUGAAGAGAGCCACAAGAGUCCAGAAAGACCGAGCGACACGCAGCGAAGACGCCGUGGAGAAAAUGAACAUGCAGCUGCUGGAGAAAGAGACGCAGCUUGCAGAUUCUGCAAUGGUUAUGGAUCAGUGGAAAGCUAGAGCGGAGAAGUCCACGAGAGAGAAGGUCCAACUGGAAUCUCAGAAUGCAACUCUUACACGGGGAAUUGAGGAGUUGGAAGAAAAGCUGAGAGAAGUUGAGAUGAACUCUAGAGUCACGGCAGAUGAAAUGCAGCAUCAAUUACACAGCAAGUCCACUGAGAGAACUGCCGUUAAACUGGAAAAUGAUAGACUUAAGGCAACACUCAACACCGUUCAAGACAAAUUGACCUUUGCAACGAGUGAGGUAGAGCAACUUAGGACAAGCGUCCAUGAGUAUGAGUCGCUGGUUGGCGAGUACAAGUCCCAGAGCUCCUUUCCUAGGUCCAGCUUAAGGAUGAGUAAGUCUCGGCGUGAAGCUCUUGAUGCCUCGUUCCAGCUGGAGCAACACCAACAAGACAGAUCACGUAGAGAACAAGAAACUAUGAAGGAAAUGGACAUUCUGAGGAACCAUCUUGAGAAGAGACUACAGGAGCUGGAACCACUCCCCGAGCAACUACGGAACUCUGAGCAGAGACUCCUAGAAGCAACGGAGAACCUCCUGACUCAGGAGAGACGAUUCUCUGAACAGACCAAGGUCAUCUCAGACAUGUCCACCAAAGUUGACCAUCAGGCAGAGCAGCUUGAGUUGAUGAGAGAGAAGUGGCACGUAGCUCAGGACGAGAACAGAUCCUUCACUGGCAGAAUGGAAUCCAUUCAAAGGAGGCUUCAAGAGUCUGAAGACCAGAACAAAGAGCUGCAUUCCAUCGUAGCAAAGAGGGAGGAGACCAUUCAUCAGAAUCAGUUGCGACUUGAGGAUAAGACCAGAGAGAAUGCCAGUCUGACUCGGCAGCUGGAGCAAGCCAUCAGCGACAGCAGGCACCUUGAGGAAGAGGUUCGGGAGAAGGCGAUUCAACGAGAGCGUAACACACAGGCUAGGAUCUUAGAUCUGGAGUCGCAGUUGAAUCGCAUUAAGACGGAAACGAUACAGAUCAAACGCGCCAAAGAAGAUACGGAGCGUAAAUUCAACUCUCAGCUCUACGACCUAAAAGAUCGCCUGGAGCAAUCCCACAGCACCAACCGCAGCAUGCAGAACUACGUUCAGUUCCUUAAGAGCUCAUACGCAAACGUCUUCGGCGAUACCUCCCUCUCAGGAUCCCCUUUAAGAGGUCACACCCCAUUAAGGACAUGACAAAGUGGACCAUAGUAAUAUCAGAAAUAGGGUAGGUUUAGUAUUAUUUAGGUGAGGGACAGGGCUUGCCAGUAUUUAUUAAUGCCUCAAUUAGGAUGUAGUAAUGGCAGUUAACUGUGAUAGCAACACAUAUAAAUAGCAUGUUAUUCAACAUGUUAAGGGAACCUGUGAUUUUCAGGUGCAUUACUUUAUAUUGUUUACUUAAAGGCAAAGUAUACCUUUGGUUUUGGACACGUUCGUUUGUUUCAAUCCUAAUUUUAAGAUACAAUAAAAGUAACUUGUGAAAUUUUCAUUUUUGAGAGCUGGUAGCAAUUUGGAGAUGUUGCCGUAUGCAGGGAAAUGAUCCAUGAUUGGAAUACAUAAUCUGAGAACCGUUUCAUGCAGAACAUUUCUCAGAUUGAGAUGUCUUAGAAUCCCUCUCACAUUCCUUUUUAAGGGAAGGUACACGUUUGGUAAUUACUCAAAACAAAUAUUAACUUAAAAACUGACUUGGUAAGGAGCA